GUUCAUUUUCGCACUUGUGUAGUACGUACAAAAUAAUAGAAAGAAUAUCUCGCAUGAACAAUGCGAAUGUUAAAGCCUCCACAGGUGAUACUGUUGUACUCGGUUGGCAAUUUGAUUUAAAUGCUGACAUUAGGAAAGAAACGUUAGAGAUAUUUUAUUGUGGAUACAAGGACAAAAUCGAUGGUCAUUUAAAACCACUUGUAUACACCAGCACUGGAGAUGAUUUCUUGUCUUUAAAUCUUCAUACUGUCCCACCACAUUUUGGUUUGAAAGUUGAUCAGGAGAACACAUAUAUCGAGCAUGUCCAUGCUCACAAAAAUCUACUAAGAAAUGCAUUUUACAUGACGAUUAAAAACAUAGACGCUGAUUUUGAUCACCUGGACAUAUUGUGCGUGUUGAAUUACAAAACGCCAUUUGCAAAAGAUACAGCGCAAGGUGGAGUUUAUACGAUCCAAGUCAAGAGAAAAGCAACUGCAGAGAAUAGGGAGAAAUUAUCUAAAGUUCGAUUUGGUCAAACAUUUUUUGGUGCUGUAAUUUUUGUGAUUUUGUUGUCUGUACUGGCAUGGGUGGGGGCUAUUAAAUGGAAACAAAGAGAGAAAGGAUACAAACCUGUUCCUACAACAGAUUCAAUUGAUAAAAAUAAAGGCAAAGAGAAACAAAGAAAAUUAACAAGGCCACCAACGCCUGUAAAACCACUACACAAUUCUAAGACAGCCUAUGCAAAUAACGAAGGACCAUCAUCUCGCCCAUCACGACCUUCACAACCUCCCGCACGUCCACCGCAACCAAAGAUCGACGUGGGUAAAGAAGGCAAACCAAUCCGUCCGCGGCAACCAGCAUUACCAAUAAGUAAUAAUUCUGGUAUCAAACAAGCCUUAGCUGCUAAACCACUGCGUCCACCCAGACCUGUUCCACAUACAUCGGCUACGAACCAACCUAUUCCAAAACCAAGGCCGAGAGUACAACCAUCUCAGAACAAUAACGAUCAGAAUAAGACAAGCAAAGGCGCGAUUGGUCUGGUUAAACGUCCAGUACCUGCACCGCGACCAAAAAAGUAGUAGGUAAUGUUGAUGCGACGGAAGGGAUUGGUACAGCUUAAAAUCCAAAAUAAUUGUAAUGAAUUUGUUAGUUAAAAGAAAUUUAUUAAAUGUUUUGUUGCUGAUA